GUCUGUCACUCAGCGGAACGGGCGUAAGCUACAGUGAGUGUGGGGUAAAAUUACUACCGAGCUGUGAGCGCUUUUAUAAUGUUUUGCUGAGCUGAGUCGUAAAUCUAUCUCUUCAAACUAAGACGCAAAGGAGGAACAGCUACGAUGCUGCGUGUCUGUUGGAAAGGUGCAAACACAGCAGCACGGAAAUGCCUGUGUGAAAAUGUGGCGUUCCACCCCCAGCAACAUUGUCGUCACUAUGCCUCAGCUGGAACCUCUGGGUCUGCUGCAGGUAAGAUUGUGGCUGCCAGUGUUCUGACAGUUGGCGGAGGCCUUGGUGGUACAAUUCUGUACGCCAAAUGGGACCCCAAAUUCAGAACGAACAUUGAAAAGAGUGUACCAUAUUCUGAUAAGCUGUUUGAGCUGAUGCUUGGUCCCCCUCCACCGCCGUUUGUCCCUUUGCCAAAGAAACCGGCAAAGGUUGAACCACUGCAGAUAUCGUCAGUGUCUGAAGCUUCAAAAGACUCAAAACAGCCAAAAGCAAAAGGCAAGGUUAAAGAAAAGCAGCCCGAGCCAGCGCCUGUGGAACCCACCCCUGCUCCUUCUGGAGAGGAGAGUCCAGCGCACUCAUCACAGACCCUGGAGGAAGCCUCAGCUGAGGCGGCCCAUAUUCUUUCAGCCAUCAGUGAGGUGCAGUCUGUUCCCGCACCAGGCACCAGCCAUGAGCCAGCCUCUAUACCCCCUGCAACAACUCCCUCUCCGACCGAGCGAGCUGAAGAAUGUCACGAGUGUGCUCACCACGAACCAACACCCAAAGAGCGGCCCAUGGAGGAAGUGGCUGCCCGCUUGGCUCAGCAGGACCAGGCAGAACGGGACGCUUUGGCCGCUUUAUCAGUUGGGCUGGAGGAUUCCCUGGGAGCUUCCGCUAAGCAUACCCUACACGCCAUUGGCGCCCAGGAGGCAGCGCUCCUCGCCAUCAACACGCACACAGAGAGACUCCGGGAGGCCAUGGACUCAGAGGAUUCUCCAGAUAAGAAGUCAGCUCUGUGGAAAGAUCUAGAGGAUGCACUCAGUCAGCGCACCCAUGCUGUGGACCAGGCUGGACAGGCUCUUCUCCAAGCCAAAGAACAGCUUGAGAAGCUCAGAGGCACGAUCAACAGCGCUAAGGAAGCAAAGAUUGACGUUGCCAGACCCCAAAUUCUGGCUGCAGAGGAAAACCUGCACAGUAUGAUUGUGGAUCUGGAUAAAGCUGUAAACAAAGUGCAGGCAGCUGAGACCGAGGCAAAGAUUGUAUCUCAGUACAGUGAGCUGGUGAAAGAGGCCAAGGCUCAGUUUCAGAGAGAGCUCAGCAACAUCACACCUGAAGUCCAGGCCAACUGGAAGGGUCUCACGGGAAAGCUGAGUGCUGAUGAUCUGAAUUCACUGAUUGCCCACGCUCACCGGCGUAUCGACCAGCUAAACCGUGAACUGGCAGAGCAGCGAGUGCGUGAGCAGAUCCGAAUCGAAACGGCACUGGACCAACAGAAGCAUGAGCACCAGAAAUCUGUGGCGCAGGCUGUGACUACUGCACUGGAACACCACUAUGAGGAGAUGAGACUCGAGCAGGAGAAGAAAGUGCAGGAAGUGCGGGAUGUGAUGGAAGCAGAGAUGAGAACUCAGCUGCGCAGACAGGCAGCCGCGCACACAGACCACCUGCGCGAUGUGCUUAAAGUGCAGGAACAGGAGCUGCGGGAGGAGGCCCAGGAGACUCUGAACAGUAAGCUGAUGGAGCAGGAGAUGCACUACCGCCGUUUGAACCAAGAGCAGCUAGAGUCCUUCACUCUGGACAUGAACUCUGCCUAUGCCCGGCUCAAGGGCAUAGAGGAAGCCAUUGACAGUCAUGUGAUUGCUGAGGAAGACGCGCGUAAAGCUCACCAGCUGUGGUUGUCUGUGGAGGCUCUAAACUAUGCAAUGAAGACUGCAGUGGCAGAUUCACCCUCUGAGCCUCUAGAGGGCGCUGUGCUCGCCAUCAAAGAGAGUUGUGCGCAGGACGAGUUCGCCCAGGCAUUAGCUUCAGCCCUGCCCGAGGAGUCAAUAAAGCGUGGCAUCUACAGUGAGGCCUCAUUGCGUGCCCGCUUUUAUGAAGUUCGUCGGCUAGCCCGACGCGUGGCGCUAAUCGAUGAGACACGUAACAGUCUAUACCAGUACUUCCUGUCCUACUUGCAGUCCAUCCUACUUUUUGAGAAGGAACAAGAGGUGCCACCCAGCAAGCUGGCAUCAGAAAACCUCGACCCUUUCAAGCUGCUUGCCUACGCCACCUACAGCGUGGAGCGUGGUGACCUUGAGCUAGCCGCCAAGUUUGUUAACCAGCUGCGUGGCGAGGCACGACGUGUGGCUCAGGACUGGCUCAGAGAAGCCCGACUCACUCUGGAGACCAAACAGGUGGUCAGUUUGUUAUCAGCGUAUGCUAAUGCCGUAGGCUUAGGCACCACACAGGCUCCUUAAAUCACACAUCAGAAACAAUUCGAGUUGAUAAUGAGGACUGCUGCCCAUCUGCUGCUAACAGCAACGUGCCCUCCUCAGAUUAAUUUAUACACCAGCCCAGGUUGGGUUUGCGUUUGUUUUGUUUUUGUUUUUUUAUCGUUAAACACUCUUUUGCAAGAAGGCUUUUUCCUGAAAUAUAACCUGUCUCUUAACAUCUGUAUUCAUAAUCUCGACAGGUACAGAUCCCUUAAGGGCACUGCACAAUGUCUAACUUUUCAGCGUGUAGUACACAGAUGGUCCUUCUGGUCAGUACCGCUGUCUGAACCUUGUUUGUUCACCAGUUGGCGAUUCAGUAUCUUGAUUGGUUAUUCAUCAGGCUUUUGGAAAUGGUCAUUUUUUUUGUCAUGCUAUGGUUUGAUUCUGCUCGUCAGUACUGGCUGUUAAUAAAUCAAGGAUGUUGA